AUGGCCGCAGCACUCCUCCUCCUGCUCCUCCUCCUGGUGCCGCCCGUCGGCCUCCUCGCCGCGCUCGCCUUCCUGACCCGGCCCCGGGCCGCGCGAAUCCCGCUCAAGGGCCGCCACGUCUUCAUCACCGGCGGGUCCAGCGGCAUCGGGCUCGCCCUCGCCACGGCCGCCGCGCGGGAGGGCGCGCGGGUCUCCAUCCUCGCGCGCAACGCCGCCCGCCUCGAGGACGCGCGCGCCGCCAUCAGGCUUGCCACGGGACAGGACGUCGGGGUCCACCAGGCCGACGUGCGGGAUGCCGCCGCCGUGGCAAGUGCACUCGACGCGGCCGGGCCGGUCGACGUGCUCGUCUGCAACCACGGCGUGUUCGUGGCGCAGGAGCUGGAGAAGCAGGACAUGGAGGAGGUCAAGUGGAUGGUGGACAUCAACCUCAUGGGGACCUUCCACCUCAUCAAGGCCGCGCUCCCUGCCAUGAAGGCACGCACCCGCGAGACCAGUCUCCCGGCGUCCAUUGCCAUCAUGUCAUCGCAGGCUGGUCAGGUUGGUGUUUAUGGGUAUACUGCUUACUCCGCGAGCAAGUUCGCACUAACUGGACUUGCAGAGUCGCUGCAGCAUGAGGUCGUUUCGGACGAUAUUCACGUGUCGCUGAUCUUCCCUCCUGACACAGAGACACCGGGUCUUGUCGAGGAGAAGAAAAAGAGGCCAGAGCUUACCACUAUCAUAGCAGAUUCAUCUGGUGGAAUGAAGGCUGAUGAUGUUGCUAUGAAGGCUCUAACCGGCAUCAAAUCUGGGAGGUUUAUUAUCCCCUGCAAUUUCGAGGGAGCAAUGUUAGCUAUAGCCACUUCUGGUCUAACCCCCCAGAGUUCCCCGUUAAUUGCAUUCGUGGAGGUGAUCGGUGCUGGACUGAUGCGAUUUGUAGCACUAUGUUUCCAGUGGAAUUGGUUCUCUACUAUUGAGAACUGGUGCGCCAAGAACAAGAAACAUGGGUGA